GAGGGCGUAAAAUGUCAAUAGCCCAAACUUAAAAGACAGGCAAGAGUGUUAAACCCAGAAAGAAGAAUUGCCUAGAGCCUUUAUGUCACUCGAGACAUUGGCUUCCAGAGUUGGGUUUCUCAUUUCACGUUCAUCUACAAGCAGAGGCCUCAUCCCUACUCGUUUCUUCUCCACCACCUCCACCAAGAUGGCUUUGGAAUCCUACACAUUUGGACCGUACAAAAUCGACAGCAGGGAAGUGUUUUACAACACUAAUCUAUCGUAUGCCUUGGUUAAUAUGCGCCCUGUUGUUCCUGGUCAUGUGCUUGUCUGCCCAAGGCGUGAAGUGAAGCGUUUUGCUGAUCUGACUGUUGAUGAGACCAGUGAUCUUUGGAUCACAGCACAAAAGGUUGGCAGUCGGCUUGAGAGCUACCACAAAGCAACAUCUCUAACACUUACGAUUCAAGAUGGUCCCCAAGCAGGGCAGACUGUACCACAUGUUCAUAUCCAUAUCCUUCCGCGCAAAGGUGGUGACUUUGAGAACAAUGAUGAGAUUUAUGAUGCACUCGAUGAAAAGGAGAAGGAAUUAAAGCAGAAGCUUGACUUGGAUAAGGAGAGGAAGGACAGAAGCCUUGAGGAAAUGGCACAAGAAGCAGAGGAAUACAGAAAGCUUUUCUUGUAGAAUUCAGAUGUGAAAUUCCUACUCUAACUUGCACUGCCCGACAUACCCCAGAGAGAACCAGUGGCAUCAGAAACUAUAGCCUUAGAGAACUUUUCUGUAAUCUAUAUUCUAUCUGAAUUUCCAAUUUACCUUCAGUGUGCAUGGAUGGUUAACUAUCAUUCGUUUAGUAAGUUCAAUCGGUUCCUGUCACUGAUUGCAAGAAAACUGUUUUUCCCGUAUCAUUUCUGUGUUUGCUGAAUGAUGAGACAAUGGCUGCUGUUAUCAGUUGGUUCGCUUGUUAAAUAGACAGUUUAGCUCGUAGUU